AUGGCAAACUCAGAAUUCCAAUAUGUCCGAAACUUCGAAACAUACGAUGCGCUCCCACCUUCAAACUGGAUCGUCAUCCGAAUCGAUGGUCGUGGCUUCAGCAAACUCUGCAAGAAAUAUGAUUUCGCGAAACCCAACGACCCCCGAGCCCUGCAUCUGAUGAAUGCCGCGGCGACGGAAGUCGUGCGCUCUUUCCACGACAUUGUAUUGGCGUACGGACAAAGUGAUGAAUAUUCCUUCAUCUUCGGCGAGGACACAUCACUAUUUGAAAGGAGACGCGCCAAGCUUGAGACGAGUGUGGCGACACAGUUUACUGCGGAGUACUGUAUGCUUUGGUCGGAGCAUUUUGGGGAUGUCAAGCUGGAAAGACCUUGGCCGACAUUCGACGCGAGAGCUGUGGCGUACCCGAAACGAAAGAUCCUGAGAGAUUAUCUCAAGUGGAGACAGGUCGAUUGCCACAUCAAUAAUCUUUACAAUACCACGUUCUGGAAUAUGGUCAUCAAGGGGGGUAUGACUGGGACGGCGGCGGAAGAGGAGUUGAAGGGCACGUUGUCGAGUGAUAAGAAUGAGAUUCUGUGGAGUCGGUUUGGGAUCAAUUAUAAUGCUGAGGAGGAGAUUUUCAGGAAGGGCACGGUGGUUUAUCGGAGUUACGACGAGGAGGUCAAGGCAAGCGGGAAAUUCGUGGAUGUUGGGAGUGAGAUGAGUAAGACGCAACUUGAGAAGGAGAGAAAGAGGAAGAUGAAGGCGAGGAUUGUGGUUGAGCAUGUUGAUAUUAUUGGAGAUGGGUUUUGGGAGGAGAGGCCUUGGAUUUUGAGUGGGAGGAGAGGGAGAGACGGCGAGGAAUAG